AUGGCGUGCAGGGCGGCGGACGACAGCUUCGUGGAGCGAGAACCAUCAAGACAUGUUGACUAUCUGUCGCAUUCCUGGCGCGAGGAGGACGUCUGGAGCUCGUGGAGAUACAUCGCGGCCAGAAAGGACGAGUACGAGAGUGGGCACAGGCUGGAGAAUGCUGCAUGGCGUUCCUGGGCAAGGAUACGAUUCGGUCUCGGAUGGUUCCCUGCGGAGGCUCUGAACUGGCAAAAGGACAUCGACGUCACUUGGCUGUACGGCCCGCUGCAGGUGCUCGGAGACGAGACAGACGACCGGUCAAGCACUGCGUCGCCGACUCCCUCCUCCCCGGGGGCGUCGAACUCGUCACUUAUCGAUAAAAAGCCGAUCCUCAAGAAGCGGACCAUUUCGCAAUCAAUUCUGCAGCGGCCUCACUCCACCCACACGUUUUUGCGUCUGGCCAACGCUCUGAUCAAGGCCCAGGACGGUGCAGAUGGCCGGUACAUCGCAGACUACCCCGUCUCCCGCCAGGAGGUCGAGAAAUCACUUGGCCUACCCUCAGAGAGCUCCGUGUCCAACUUCUUCUUCCAGGAGAGUCGGGGGGACAUCCCGGACAAACGGCAUAUCAGCUUCAGCAACGAGGUUGCACAGUGCGUUGCCGUCGAGGACGACGAUGAGCCGUUCGACGGAGAGUACUACGGCUACUACAGCUAUGCCACAGACGGCUCUGUGGUAGAAGAAGACGAGGCCUCCGAUGACGGCGUCGUGAUGGCUAGAUACUACCCUGAGAGGCCUCCUCUCAGCUUCCAGAGCACUCCACGAAGCAGCUUCAGCAGCGAUAGUAGGAUUAUUGCUCACUUGCCUUCCACCACCCUCAAGUAUCGACCUGAUACCCCAGAGCCCAAACAAGAGACCCCGCGGCCUGUACGACCUACCUUGUCUCGCUCAUCUUCAGCUGAAACCCUCCGUCCGUCAAACUACCAUGCUGCUGCUACCAGAACGUCCUCUCACGGAGACUUCUUCCUGGACGAAGAGUACGGAGCGGACGAGGACUGGAAUACCGGCUGGGACAUCGAGUGGAACGCCCAGCAGUCAUCAUCUAUGAACCAGGCGUCUUCUCCGCCAUCAUCUUCUACUAUUACCACUUCUGCAUCUCUCCCUUCUCUGGCAAGUCAAUGGUUCAGUAAUUCAAAGGCCAAGGCUACUAUAAGCGAGGAAGGGAAAUAUUACUCUUCCUCGGGCGUCUUCAUGCCCUUUGGCUAUGGUGACAACAGCCCCGACGGAGACCUCGACGGGCCCGAGGAGACUGAAGAGACAAGCUCCAGCCGAGGCGUGAUCGAUCGAGUAAUCGACACGGUCAACACGGCUAGAGAUAUUGCACAUGUCAUAUGGAACGUCGGCUGGCGCGGCUGA